UCAUGAAAUGUGACAAAUUGACAAUUUUACUUCUGCAACAAAAGCAGCAAAAAGAUUUCAUUGACAGUCCUGUUUGUCCCCUACUUUCUGAUAAAGGUUGAAUUUUGGAGAUAGAGGUUGAAUUUUGGAGAUUCAUCAGCCUGAGUUUGUGUCAUUGUUUGGUGAAAUUGGAGGUGUUGUUGUAGCCUAAGCUUUAGAGAUUCAUCACCCUGAGUUUGUGUCAUUAUUUGGUGAAAUUGGAGGUGUUGUUGUAGCCUAAGCUUUAGAAACUUAGAAAAAUGAGAGACCCCAAUUUUGUCAAUUCUAUCAAUAUGGUUAAUAUUUUUUCUUUAUUUUGUAAUAUAGUUUGUGAAUAGUGUAGAAGUUUUAUAGAUAAGCAAAUAGUGGUGUACUUGCUCUUGUUUUUUUAUAACUUAUUUCGUGGGCCCGAGUGAUUUCAAUUGCUUGGAGAGUGUGGCACUUUGUAUAGUGUUAGCAGAUAUUGUUACUGCCUUAACCACGGAUACAUAUUGUUCUGCAAGCCAUGGGGGGUAGAUGGAAUACAUAUGGAAUCAAGUUAUCGUAUCUUGCUCUUUUGAUUAUCGUUUUAGACAUUCGCGGUUGUUGUUCUCUUAAUUCUGAAGGAUUGGCAUUACUGAGAUUCCGAGUGAAAGUGGAUUCUGAUCCAUAUGGCAUUCUUGAAAACUGGAACCCAGAUCAGUGUGACCCAUGCGUGUGGUCUGGUGUCCAGUGUAAGGAUGGUAAAGUGCAAAUGUUGGACCUUCAUGGAUAUUCAUUGAAAGGAAUACUCGCACCAGAACUUGGAAAUCUCACUCACUUAAAAUCACUUGUGCUUUCUGAAAACCAUCUCUCUGGUCCUAUUCCUAAAGAAUUUGGACGUCUCAGAAUGCUGGAGGUGCUUGACUUGAGGGAUAAUAAGUUGAGUGGAAGAAUUCCAGCAGUAAUAGGAGAUUUGCAAUCACUUAGAAGAUUGUUGAUUUGUGACAAUAACUUCAAAGGGAAGGUUCCUGUGGAAAUUUGGAAGCUUCAUCUGCUCUCAGAAUUUCAAUUUGAUGAUUACCUCACCUCUGGAGUUGCUUCCGGAAAUGGCUGCAUAAACAGAAAACUUGGGCAUUGCAUCAGGCGUGGAAGUUUGAGGCGAUUUAAGACCAUAGGCUCCUUUAUCAGACCAAUUAAAGGGACGCUUACGUGUUAUCUUAGUUUCUUCACACUGUUCCCUGGCUUUUUGGGUGAUCAUGCAGACUUAUGCUCUGACAACCUACAAGGUUCACUAAGGCCUCACUUCAUCCACGCCGUACAGAACCAAGGAAACACUGUACGUCGUAAGUUAGUUGAACAAUCCAGUAACCUUGCUGCUGUUCCUGCCAAUGGAGGGAAACCAUUGGGACCUGUUGUUCCUAUGCCAAACAGCAGAAGUAGUGGUUCCUUUCGUGCUGUACCAAAUACUGUGGGAGCUCCUCCUCUUCCAAUUAUACCAUCCUCACCUCGACAGCAUGAGCCUCAAACUCCUCAGGGACAUUCUAAUGGUGCCGUUAAACAGCCAACUGCUAGUCAAGCCCCACCUGGUAGAAAAUCUGCAAGUACAUGGAAGUAUAUAGGAAUUGGCAUUGGGGUUUUUCUGGUUGCUAUUUUUGUGUGCCUGAUCUUCAUCUGCAAGAGCAAAGCUGUGCAAACAAUAGGCCCUUGGAAGACUGGAUUGAGUGGACAGCUGCAGAAAGCAUUUAUUACAGGGGUCCCAAAACUAAACAGGUCCGAGCUUAUAACUGCAUGUGAGGAUUUUAGCAACAUCAUUUGCAAUCAAGAUACAUUUACUGUCUACAAGGGAACUCUAUCCAGUGGAGUAGAGAUUGCUGUUGUGUCAACUCCUAUAAAUUCUCUGAAAGAUUGGUCCAAGCGUUCUGAACUGGCCUUCAGGAAGAAGAUCGAUUCACUCUCAAGGAUAAACCACAAGAAUUUCACUAAUCUAAUUGGAUACUGUGAGGAAGAUGAACCUUUCACAAGGAUGAUGGUCUUUGAGUACGCUCCAAAUGGAACUCUUUUCGAGCAUCUGCAUGUUGAAGAAGCUGACCCUCUUGACUGGCCUUCAAGAAUGAGAGCUAUAAUGGGGACAGCAUAUUGUCUUGAGUACAUGCACAAUUUGAAUCCUCCAUUGUACCAUUCUGAUGUGAAUUCACAGGCCAUAUUUUUUACUGACGAUUAUGCUGCUAAGAUUACAGAGCUUGCUUUCUGGUCUGAAAUACUAGUCAAGUCAAAGUCCGCCAGUGGUGAUAUAGAAAACUCUGAGCUGCCACCACUUGCUGAUCCCGACACAAAUAUCUAUAGUUUUGGGAUCUUGUUGCUGGAAGUAAUUUCUGGAAAGUCGCCUUACUCAGAACGAGAGUCUCUUUUGAACUCGGCGGAGCAAUACCUUAAUGAUAAGCAGAAUCUGAGCAGCUUGGUUGAUCCAACAUUGAAGUCCUUCAAAAAUAAUGAGCUUAUGGUUAUAUGUGAGGUAAUCAGAGAAUGUCUUCGAGAAGAUCAAAGGAAAAGACCAACUAUAAAGGAAGUCAUUAAAAAGCUAAGGGAAGCGAUUGAUAUAUCACCUGAGGCUGCAGUUCCAAGGCUAUCUCCUCUCUGGUGGGCUGAACUCGAGAUUCUAUCCUCCGAGGCAGCUUAAACCAGACUAGUGUGUCUAUAUUUGUAAGUCGAGCAUUGCGUUGCUAUGUAUAAAUGCGCUAAAAUAUACCUCACUAAUGUCAACUGCAAGUCCUGUGUAACCAUUUUUCUGUUUCUAAUAGUAUAAAGUUAGUUCAUUCUUUCGAAAAA